CGUAAUUGUUGUUGGCGAAGCAGAAAAUGAGACUCACAUCAAGUUAAAAAAAUUAAGAUUAUUGCAUGUAGAUGCAUGUGGGCUCAGGUUUGUACCAACAUCGAAAUUGAAUGAGUUGACCUGAUCACUUGGGAAGCCUCGAUGAAGAUUCAGCGUGAUCGACGGUUGCGCCAAAACAUUUAUUCUGCACUAAUUGUAGCACUCCUCCUCUGAUGUGUAAGUGAUGAGUCAUCGAUCUUCUAUCUUGGUGAGAUGUAGUAACAAAAUCAGGGGAGAACAAGUAGAGCUACGGGUGACGCAGAGAACAAUGUCACAGUGAGGCACUGGCCAUCCACGCUUAGUUUCGGGAAGCGAGGAUGAAUGCCGGUGCCACUGAUGCAGAACUCUUUUUCAAUCCAGUACUGCCGAACCAGGUAUUUUUUAUCAACGAAGACGAAAAGGAGCUCGAACUUGCACUUGUAAUCAAAGUAAGUAGAUUAUACGAGAAGAAGUAUCUUCAUCAGAAAUGUAAUUACGCAUGUUUGGUUCAUUUUGUAGUUGGAUAUCUCUAGUUUCAUACAUCUUCUGCUUCUUCCAAGUCCAGCAGGAACUUGCUGUUCACAACAUUUAAUCGUGAACAUUUGUGUCAAAACUGAAUUAUCUGCAGGUCGUUGAAUAUCGCGCGGAAGACAGCGGUAACAAACUAGCAAGCAUAUCUGGCUCAACGUCAACUGGGAGUGCAGCAACAGUAAGCAGUUCAUCAAGUAGACAUUCGAAAACUGUUCUGCAAGGAAGUGGGGCUGGUGCAUCAAGUAUUGUAUGCACGACAACGACCACCUCCAGCAGCUCCGCAUCUGAGGGUACGAAAAUGAUUGUCCACCGGGGACCCGGGUCCUUCGUCGAGUCAUCUGCACAAGGGGAUGUGGCAGAUGCAAGUGCAAUGGAGUACAACUCGAAUUUGUUUCCGUCAGCACCAGCAGAAAGCUCAGGGCAGCAACAGCACGACAUCUCACGACUAGGAGGAGCUUUAGGUGACCCAUCAAACGCUUUUGGCGGCAGUUCAUCCAGCUCGUCCACGACAGCACACCUACACAAUUUUCCUGGUUCGGGAGUAGUUCCCGGUGACAUUCCACAGGCACCGCCUCGACCCAUCGGCAACGCGUUCAUGACAGGUACAGAUGCUGGACUACCGAGAGUAGUCUCGUCACCGACGACCGCACCCCAAAGCCCAAAUAUUAGAACAAGCUUAACGUCCACGCCACCUCAUUACAGCUCCGAUCCGCGGUCGGUCCAACACUUAUGAGGAGACAUCGACUGUCAGUGCCAGUGCUGCCUUUCACUUGAAAUCAACACGAAUAGUAAUCCGCGUUCUAGUUGUCACUCGGAGCAACUACUCAUCUAGCAUCUUCAUGAUAUUUAGAUAUUUCAACUUGACAAAGGCGUCGCCGAUGUUAGUCACGAAGAAUUGAGACAAAGAUGACGUACGUACAACUCUUCAGACUCCUCUAACCUCUGACGGUCAGGCUGUCGAGUUGUUGUCGCGGAGUAUUGCUAGCAGUGAUGCUAUGGCGACCGUAGGGUCUAGCUCGCAUAUUCAGGAGCAGGAGGCUCUCCUGGGUAACCAUUACCAUCUUGGGGCGGGCUUACGAAAAAUGUGUUUCAUCUUAAUCUUAAUCUUAUCUGAAUAAACGAUAAGAAACAUCAUUAUCAGUUCACCUUUCUUUCUUAAACAGAUACCCGUGAAUAAUGUUCAUCAGUAGCCACAAAAAUGACGAUCUUCAUGUUGAUCUUCGUCUCUAACUAAGAAUGAUUAUGAUAUUUUUUAUAAAUAUUUAUAUUAGAUAUAAUAUUCGUCAUAUCACCGACAGUGGUCAAUGCUAAGAACUGAAAAAUAGCACAGCUCGUAGUCUAAACAAUCCUGCCAACGGUGGACGAGGACCAUCGACAUUGCUGGAAGAUGGUGUGGACAGGCAUCAAAGCUACGGUGGUGAGAGCAGUUACUACGGGGACUCCCAGUACCCAACGGACAUGACGCAUAGCCCGGCUACAGGCAGCAUGAAAAGAGGAAUAUUGAAGCGAAAUUCGAACGAAGUCACGCCAGGAAGACACGACAGGAGAUCGAGAAACAUCGACUUUCGUAAAGAACAUAGUAUCGUUUGGCGGGACGACGACGACCUAACAAGCGCUCAUGACGUACUUCAAUAUCUAAACCAAGAACACAGGAUCAGUACUCAUACACUCAACUCCAUUUAGUUUGUUCGAAGCGAGUCGUGGUUUGUUUCAGAACAAGAAGGUAUAAUAUUCUAUGUAGUCUUCGUCUUGCAGCCUUAUAUCAUCGCACCAACCCAGGUUGACAGUGUUUUAGAAGUGGAGACAUGGAAGGAUAUCAAUCGGCGUAUGUUCCAUUCAGCUCGUUGGACGGGAGACGAUCCUACCGGCUCGGGGAAAAAAUGCUGCACUAUUAUGUAGUAGGGGGUGAUGGCGCAGGAUGACGAGCCAGCCGAUUAGUAAAAACGCAAAUGAAUAAUGGGAGAAGUGAUCGAUGUUAUUGUAGUCACUAGUACUUGAUCCAGGUUAAGCAACUCAACUAGAAUUAGAUACUCGAGAAUUAAGAUUAACUUCCAGUAGGGUCGUUUACCUUGAGUGCCAACUACCCGAAUAAGCUUCUACACUAGAUUUCGAAUCCUUAGUUUCAAGUGAGAUUCAUUGACUGGUAUCCAUUUUGCCAAAUAAAAUGAACAACGUGAUAGUUCUUGACCUUCAAGUUUUGCUAGACGAGUAGAACGAAGAAGAGAUAAUACACACUAGAGAGCCCGAAAAAAUACAUGUUUCAAAAAACGAACCAUGACAUCGUGCUCUUUCACAACGGGCUCAGUUUUAAUGAAAGACAACCGGAAAAAACAUGCAUCAAUGUCUCAUAGACUCAACAGCCACUAGCUUCAUUUCGUACAAGGAGAUAUAAAUUUAAAGUGCACGUGGCUAGAAAUAUAAUUAGAAUCAUUCGGAGCGUUACGCAAUUGCAAGAUGCAUGCGGAGCGGGCUAGUCCCUAUGCUGUCUGGCGCUACUUCUACCAUUUAGGCUCUCAUCUAUUUUCUUGUUGGCUCAUGCUCGUGAAUGAUUAUGAUGCUCACAACAUUGGUCCAGUCUUAAAUUUCGUGCUUUUACUUGUUUUCGUGCUUCUUCGAAUUAUAAUGAGUCUCUCUGUACCUAAGUAAAUGUUAUUUGUCUGCUUUCUUCAUGCGAGUUUGCGAGGAAGAGAUGAUGUUAUUUCUCAAAUUGCUAGUGAGUACGCGCGUCAUCCAGCAAAUUUAAAAGUACCGCUCUAUCUCUAAAUCAAUGUGAAAUGAAGAUCAUGGACGUUUUGAAUUUACUUUUAUUGUACAUAUUAUAGCUGAGGUGCUGCUGCUGAACAAGUGAAAGCCCAAGCUUGAGUUCUUUCUCCUAUCUAGAAAAAUCCAUCUGGUGCGUGAUACCAACGUGCUUGCAAAUUACGCGCCAAACACGACACAUCGGAAGGCAUCUUCCUGAAUGACCGUGGUAAUUUCCUCAUUAACUUGAAGGUUGGGGAACGAAGUUUGAUUGUUGCACUUUUGCCAAUUUGGGUCCUUGCUAAUGCUAUUGAGCAGCUGAUUCUGCAAUUGCAUUUCUUGUUUUAUUUUCACGCACGGUUUCGCUUUCGGCUUGAGGCAGAGGCUGCAACCACGACAUUCACGAGCACUUUGAAAGGUUCGCGUCUGCUACUGCGAAUGUGAGGAUUGGGCUUAUGUAUUUUUACAUCCUAUUUUGUCAUCGAAACUUAUCUAACCAUACUUAUUGCACGUAAUGAACAUCUACAUUCUUGGUUGCACGCAGGAGCUUCUCUUCAUUGUAGGCUCCGGCUUCUUGAGUCGAUGAAUCUCCGUUCGGCGUGUGCCAGAGCUUAUACAAUGGAAGCGACGGCUCCCAAAGAUAGUCAUAGUGUAAUGCGGUGAUCUGAUGUUGAUGUACUUGUACUACAAAUCGGAUGUAAAAACACAAAGUCAUUGAUUCGUCUAAUGUAGCUCUAGAUUCUUUUGUCAGUGUCUCCUCGAUUACGCGACUACAUGAUCUGUUUUUCUUUCAUUCGGCAUAUGCCAUAUGGUACCAGCAGAUCUACUUUCCUUUUUUUGUAGUCAUGCAUCGAUUUGCUUUUUAUUCUCGGUCGUGUUCGUUGUAUUUCUCUUUGAUGAUGGUCGUGGUAGUAGGUAAUGAAACGUGUACUUCGUAAGUACGAUUUCUUGAUCUUCUUCUUGCCUUGAGUAUCAUGUUUUUGUUUUCUGUCAAUUGUGUCUGUCUUAUUUUUCUUGGAUUGGAAAAAUGUGGUCGGGCAGCAACACAUUAAUACACUCAAACUCAGUCUCUGAUCGGUGUAUAUUACAACAUGUACAGCUUCGUCGGGUAAACUGGAGCGAUUUGGUCUCGGGAUUCAAGCAGAAGCGGGAUAGCUGGCUUUUUUAAAUGCUUUUUCUGGUGCGGUCUGGGAUUUCAUUUGCGCAAAAGUAAGUUACUUUUAAUCACAGUAAAUUUUUUGUUCGAUGAUUUAUUUCUUGCCAUUUUCCUCACCCAGCAUGCCAUAAAAUAAAUGACAUGUUGCAUGUGCAUCUACUGGUAAUAGUAUUAUCAUCGAGUUUUUUUAGGUUUUCCUCCAUGGCGUGUUGACUAAUGUAUGGAUUUGUUAGAAGCGGACUUCACCCAGCGGCAGAAGUUCUAUAAUGAUUACGAUGAGCUUGAACCUUGAUUCUGAGAAUAGACUUCGGCAUCAUCUUCUACCAAUUAUCGAUGUUGAUGUUUAUUCCGCUCCUAGGUGUGGAUUAGGGGAUACGGGUAUGAAGAACAAGAAGGGGAUGUUGCCUUCAAUUCCGUUUCAGCUACUCCAAAUCAAUGGCUCCGUUCUUCCGCCUGUCAUAUAAGGCGGAUCUUGAUCCCAAUCCGAAGGCUUCGUCUGUUUCGCUUUUGCAUUUGAUGUUUCCAAGAAGAAAAAACACUAACCUUUUCUUGUCUAAGUCUAUCUCUAUCGUACACCUGCUUCCUGCAUGGUUGUGAAUUAUGUGAUCGUUGUCGUUGAUACAAAAUCAUAUUUCAUGGUCUGACGCAAAUCAGUCAAUGAAUAUGUGCACGCACUCGCAAGCUGUCGCCAGAAACGCAACGCGCCUAGGGAACGCCGGUGCCGAAUUCACACUCCACAAUCGAGUGUACAACCACGCGCCGUGAAGUUUAUGAUUUGAUAAUUAGGUUGUCGGUGUCGAAAAUUAUUUUCUAAUUCACAAUUAUACAUUGUCAUAGCCAUAGGCAUAUUAAUAGUCAAGCUUAUCACCUAGUAUAUGAAUAUAUCCAAAAUUUUGCAGCAGCUUACAGUCAUGAUAUCGUUCUUCACAUAUAUAACUGUUUUUUCAAUUCGAUUUACUAGACGCUCCCAUGUACAUGCCAUUGCUGGGUCUUACUUUCAAUCUUCACCUCAAGCUUCUUGACUUCUUUUUCCAGGUGAAGGGUAAAAUAAAUGCACGUGCGACGCAAGCAAAAUAUUUUCACAGGCUAGAAAACUUCUUCCCUCAUAUCCACGCUCAGGCAACAACAUCAACAUGAACAUUCUCACAUAAGAAAGUGGUGGCAACAAGCAGCACAGCAUUAUAAUAUAGGUGUAUAUUUUUAUCGCGAAUCGGGUGUCUCUGAUCAAUGUGUGUCUUGACCCAAUUCAAAAGUCCUGCAUCUUGAAAGCAAUCCUAAAUGUAAACUCAGAGGAGAUCAUCAGACUAGGAAAAAAUCCAACACCUGUCAUUGACUUGCGAAUCAUUCGCAGUGUCACAAAUUCUAGUGGAGAUGGUGUGGCACGAGGAUCUACUGCAAUUCAACUUCAGCGUCCCGAAAAUCGAAUGUCAGGCAAAACCAAGACCAAGAUCCGG